AUGGCAAACAACAAUCAGUACCUCCUGAUAAUCUUCAUGUUAUUAGAUGUUUGCCUAAUCUAUGGCAACUCCUCAGCUGUUGGUGAAGAUGGAACCGGAAGAAAAUCAGAGCAAAUGGUAAAUGUGGGCAUAAUUCUUGACCUGGGUACUCCGGUUGGGAAGACGUCUCAACGCUGCAUAUCCAUGGCGCUCUCGGAAGUCUAUGCUAGAAAUGCCAACUAUCGAACAAAGCUGAAUCUUACUCUGAAAGAUUCUAGGAAUGAUGUUGUUUCUGCAGCAUCAGCACCUUUAGAAUUGUUAAAUAAUGAAGAGGUGCAACCUAUUGUAGGUCCCCAAACAUCAAGCCAAGCUAAGUUUGUCACAAGUCUUGGAGAGAAAGCACAAAUCCCCAUUAUCUCGUUUUCAGCCACAAGCCCUUCUUUGUCUCCAACUAUGAACUGUUUCUUCAUCAGGACAGCUCUCGAUGACUCUUCUCAAGUAAAAGCCAUCACAUCCAUUGUUAAAGCAUAUGGGUGGCAUGAAGUUGUUCUUAUAUAUGAAGACACAGAAUAUGGAAAUGUUUUGAUUCCCUAUAUAAUUGAUGCCUUUCAACAAAUUGCCUUACAGAAGUGUUAUUUCCCCAUCAUCCAGUCGCUUAAACAUUUUGAGAAAGCUUAUCAAGUUAAUGGCAGUGCAGACGAGGGCAUGAUGAGAGAAGGGUAUGCUUCGAUCAUAACUGAUGGAUUAUCAUCUGGGUUACAUCCACUGGAGGGAAAGGUCAUUGAUUCAAUGGAAGGUGUGGUGGGCGUAACGCCCUAUGUACCAAUGUCAACAGGUCUUAAUGAUUUUGAGAUCAGAUGGAAACAGAGCACUAUUGGGACUACAAAGCAGACUCAUUGUAAGAUAAGCAUAUUUGGCUUAUGGGCUUAUGAUACAGUUUGGGCAUUAGCUGAGGCCGUAGAACUCAUUGAGUUGCAGGCAAAUUAUUCCAGUGCUUUAAAGAACAAUAAUAAAGGGAAAAGAACAGGUGGAAUAUUGAGCCAAAUUGUUCAAUCUGAUGAUCAUCGUGAGUUUAUCAUUAAAGAACCUACAUGGCCUAGAAACACCAGUACUCCACCAAAGGGUUGGGAUAUACCUAUAAUUGGUAAAAAGUUGAUGAUUGGUGUACCUGCUGUAACAUAUGACAGUCUUAGUGAAUUUAUGAAGAUAGAAUGGUUUCCUCACACCAAUGAGCCUAAGAGCUUCUCUGGGUUCGAGUAUGAUGUCUUCCGUGCAGUCUUAGAAAGAGUGCCAUUUGCACUUCCACACAAGUUCAUUCCAUUCACUAAUGGUUCAUCAAGAGAGGGUGCAGGGACUUAUGACGAUCUUCUUUACAAGAUUAAGUUGAAUGUGAAUUAA